AUGGCUGCGUCAACGGCUCCCGGGGAGCUGGGACUCUCCAUCACGGGCUUGGGAGUUCAGUAUCCUCCAUACAGCCUUGGUCCAGACUGUCUCGACAUUCUCAGCAAAAGAUACUACCCCGAGUCCCCAGCCAUGAAGAAGGUCCUCGCCAUCAACCGGUACACAGGCAUCGACCAGCGCUCCUCGAUAGGAAACCCCGACCACCCGCUCGUAAACCAGCCCAAUUCACCUACCGUCGAUGAACUUCACAAGGUCUUCAUGUCCGAUGGCGUUCCGCUCGCAGUCGAAGCCUCCCGAAAGGCCAUGGCCGAAGCCCGCGUAGAACCUAACCAAAUCACACACAUGGUUUCCACAACGUGUACCGACUCUGCCAACCCAGGCUACGACCAUUUUGUUGCGAAGGAGCUUGGCCUCAGCGAUCGGCUCGAGAAGGUCCUACUUCACGGUAUCGGCUGCAGUGGUGGUCUGGCAGCCCUGCGCACAGCAGCGAAUCUGUGCCUAGGCCACAAGGCACGCGGGAAGCCAGCCCGGAUCCUGGUCCUCGCACUCGAAGUCUCCACGAUCAUGGUCCGCAGCGAGCUCGAGAGCAUCAACGCCCUACAAGAAACCCGCAUCGGAAUCGCCUUGUUCAGCGACUGCGCUAGCGCCGUGGUCCUUUCCAACGGCAUUGGCGAGGAACCAGGCAAGCCCGCGAUAUACGACCUCUUGGGCUGGGAAAACCGUGUGAUCCCGGACUCCGAACACGACCUCGGUUUUGACGUUGACCCAAUGGGAUGGAAAGUCGUCUUGUCUCCCCGAGUGCCAGUACUAGCCAAAGCCUCCCUCCAACCAACCUACACCGACCUCCUGUCUUCGUUCCAAGACCAACUCCCCUCAUCCUACCAAAAACCAGCUGACUUCGACUGGGCAAUGCACCCCGGCGGCGCCACUAUUCUCUCAGGUGCCGAAAGCGCCAUGGGUCUCACACCAGAGCACAUGCGCGCCUCCUACGACACGUACAUCAAUCACGGCAACUCCAGCUCGGCAACCAUAUUCAGCGUUCUCAACCGGCUAAGGGAAAAGGACAUGGAUGCCCUAGCGCCCGACGGGAAAGUGAAGGAGUAUAUCGUCGGUUGCGCGUUCGGACCCGGUAUCAAUGUCGAGAUGUGUAUGUUGAAGCGCAGGAUGAAUUGCCCCACGACGACGACGACGGGGUUGGAUACGCCGCCGGAGACAGAUGAUAGCGAGGGUCCAGGGCCGGGGUCGAGUGCGGGGAGCGAGGACGGGGAGUCGAUAGAGGGCGAUAAGGAAGACAAAAAGGAGAAGUUUAUCAGUGAGGCGUUGGAUAACGUCGAGCUUGAUUGA